AUGGCAACUCGCGGUCACUCCAUGCUGACUCCGCCCCCCUCUCGCGACAAAGGACUGAACUCGAAAUCUCGCAAGGACGACGGAAACCAGGUAGUUCCAAAACCGAUCCUGCAGAGAAGACCGUCGCCAAAGGCUGCGGCAGAUAACGCACAAGACAUUCGACAACGUGGUAAACCCGAGCACGCUUGGAACGACGCAAGUCACGGCUCUGCCUACUCUUCAGACGAAGACUCUGACUCGGACGACAGUGAUCGAGACGACAAGUAUAAGACACAACGAGCAAGUGAACGAAGUGAGUCUCCUCAUCGAAGUAGACAGGUAUCCCAGCAGUCAGACGAAGACUCGCACAGUGAGAUGGGAGACGAAUCCGUUAAGCCGUCGACGCCAGCCGUCGUCUUCCAAACGCCAGCAGGUACAGCAACUAGUGUGGAUCUAUCUCGACUAUCCAAACUCGCAGUGUACCCUGGAACGGAGACGAACCUUGUCCAAGGCCAUGUUGUACGUGUCAAGACUAUGCUGAGCUCACAAUAUCACUUCUUCAUCAACGACGAGCUCCUUCUGAUGGCCGAGAAGCAGAUGAAGAACCGCACGUCAAACUACCAUCUCUUCGACAUGACACGAUCGGUAGCAAUAUCCUCCAAAUUAUCAAAGAAAAGCGGCAACUACAUUGGCAAAUUGCGCUCAAAUUUCUCGAAAAAGAAGAUUGUUCUGGUUGGCAACUUCAGCCGCAAGACGGAGCUGGGAGCGAUGGUCUUUGAUAGCACCUUCAACUCUUCCGAGCCCCGUCGACUGACGGUCAUCUUGCCUCCUCUUUCUAAACGGCAAGAAAUUGAGGGCCUCACAGUCGGGGACAGUUUAUCUUCUUUCUCAAUGCUCAUCGAUCUACACCGAAGCGUAACAAACGCCGACAUGGCUGUGACACAUUCUCCCUUGUCUCCACAGUCGCUCCAGUUAUUCGAAAACAAAGACCCUGUCUUUGAAAAUGGCUUCUAUCGUCUCAAUUUCAAUGGCCGCGUCUCUAUCCCGUCAGUGAAGAACUUCCAGCUUGUACGCGCAGGGCCUGGCGAGGCUCCAAACUCAGAGCGACCUAUCUACCUCCAGUUCGGCAAAGUAAAUGACAAGAAGUUUCACCUGGACUUCAGAGCUCCGAUCACUCCGAUUCAGGCGUUUGCUGCGGCUUUAGCGCAGUUUAAUCUUUAA